UAUUUUUGUGAUUUUACCUUUUAUGCAACUUGAACAGAAACCUUUUUAUGAUAAAAAAACAGUUACCAGAGUAAAAUUUUGUACAUAGUUUUCUUUUAAUUUUUUAGAGUUUUUUUCCGCAGUAAUCAUUAAAAUACCAAUUCAAGCCGUAUAGUCUUUCCCGAAAAAAAAACCCCCAAAAGGAUAGAUUCUCGUCAUUCAAAUAUCUGACCUGUGCCUAUUUGUUCUUUAAAGACAAAGAAUAAACAAUAAACACAUUUAUAGACUCUUUACAUUUUGUGUAUACACCUGUCUAUUGUUAAAGAAUGUAUGCUGCAAUAGUAAAUCUCAUCAAAAUAUAUUGAAAAUCCAUUGUUUAUGGCAUUCAGAAAGACGGACAAAAAUCUGAUUCGCACGAUUGCCAAAAACGAUUGUUUAAAUAGCAAUCUGGAACUCAGAUCAUACCGUACCGAUAAAUGGGAAUAGGGUUUACAAUAGUAUUGUUGAGAAUACCGCGGGAGUUAAGACGUCGCGUUUUACCAAUUGUAUCUAGGGUUGACGUCAAUGCGGGACGUAGCCUUAGCAGCUCGAAUAUAUAUGAAGUAAACGUUAAACUGUAUGGUUGUGUUCUUUCUGUAUAACGAUAGUUGAGUUAGCCCCGACAUUUAUGGUGCCGUAACCAAAGGAUUAAAUCAAAGAUGGAGAAGUUAAAGAAUAUUAGGACUGAAAAUAGAAGAGCAGUGACGAGACUUUUCCGAAAAUUUGAGGAGGCGAAGGAAAACACGGACUUCGACAGAGAUGAACUACUUGCAACAUACGAUAAUCUUACGCAAAAGAAGAAAUUGUUGGAAAAACUGAACGAACAGAUAUGGAAGCAACGGAUUCAGACAACGUUGAAAGUUAAAUAGUAGAUACAGAUGAGUAUUCAAAUAAUUUAGACACUAAACUUAGACAUUUUCGUAAUUUUAUACAAAUUGGUCAAAACCGUACACCAAGUUCCAAUGUAACACAAUCUUCAUAUCAAGUACUCAAUGUAGAAAGCCCUCCUUUCCGCCCGGCAAAUGUUGAUAACUUUCAAAACGCAACACCAUUCUAUGCUUCAUCCGCCGCUCAACCACAGACAAGCUACAAUGGCUCUGAUACAGGUCUUAUUGCUCCACAAAAUAUAGCUAGUACUAGUAACCAUCGUUUACCCAACCCAAGUUAUCACUACCGAAGUUUGAUGGCAACAUUUUAGAUUGGCAAACGUUUUGGGACUCGUACGAAUCUGCUGUACAUUUUAAUCCUACUUUGACAAACAUUGAGAAAUUUAAUUAUCUGAAAUCCAACUUGAAAGCGAGGCAUUGAAUACGAUAACUGGAUUUGCGCUUACAAAUGGUAAUUACAUGGAGGCUAUAAAUGUACUCAAGGAACGGUUCGGACAAACACACAGAAUUACGGAAGCCUACUUACAAGCUCUUUUAGAUAUUGCCCAACCACUAUACACCUUGUCAAGCUUAAGAUUAUUUUAUGACCGAUGUGAAGCCUACGUAAGAGGGUUAUAUUCGCUCGGACAACCUGAGAUGUCAUAUGGAACUUAACUGGUACCGAUUAUCAUGAGAAAGUUAUCCAGUGAAAUCCGACAACACUUAGCCAAAGAACACGGACCGUCCCAGUUGGAAUUUGAAAGAUCUGAGAAGGAGCAUAUUGAAUGAAAUUUAAAUCAUGGAGGUAGGACAAAAUACAGGUACAUAUCUCGAGUCUUUAGACCGUCAGUUUGCAAUUGCUUUUAAAUGUACAUUUCAUACAGGAACAGAAUCAUCGCAAGAAACACAUCACACAACGCGAAGAGCCAACCCUGGAAUAUUACGGAAAGACCAUGCGUGUUUUGUAAAGAGAUUCAUGCACCAGCACACUGUACCAAUGUUAGUAAUCAUAAAGCUCGCAUGUCUAUCGUAAAACGUGAUAAUUUAUGCUUUAAUUGUUUAGGUAAUCAUCAUGUUAAUGAGUGUCAAUUGAAACGAACGUGUCGACACUGCAACCACAGACAUCAUUCCAGCCUAUGUAGUGCAAGUAACAAUGUUAACAGCGAAGGUUUAGCAUUCAUUACAAGCUAUACAAAUAAACAGAUUCAAUCUACACCCGUCAAUCUUAUAAAUGACACUGAAAACGAGGAAGAUACUAAAGUUUUGCAUUCAUCGACACAGAUGCGUACAAGUGUGCUACUGAAAACGGCUGUAGCUCCUGUAUGGUCAGGUAAUAUAUGUAUGGAUACGAAUGUUUUAUUUGAUGAGGGUGCACAAAGAUCUUUUUUAACAGAUGAUCUAGCGAAGAAAUUGAAUUUGAAAACUGAAGGAGCUGAAGUUGUACACCUAUCGGCAUUUGGAAAGGACAACACAAGCACAAGAGAACUACGCAAAACCACCGUAUUUGUCGAAACCGAAAAUAAUCGUAAAUUUCCUAUUGAAGUCCUUAUUAUUCCUACUAUAGCAGUUCCAAUACAUAAUCAUAUGCGGUACGUAAACCGAAAUAUGGAUUAUCUCAAAGGAUUAAGAUUCGCUCAUCCAGUUACUCAAUACGAUUCUUUUGAGAUAUCGUUACUUAUUGGUGCCGAAUACUAUUGGAACUUUAUCGAAGACGAAGUAAUAAGAGGAGACGUACCGAUCGCGGUUAAGUCAAAGCUUGGAUACUUACUAUCAGGACCCUUACAACCAGGAAGUGUACGUUCGUCUACGACAUCCAGCAUCUUGAACGUACUGGUUUCGAAUAAAUCAGAGGAAUUUGGCUUAAAAGAAAUUAUAAAGGAACAGACACGUCGCGGAUUUAUCGAGAGAGAUGAGGAAGCAGAACCGACAGGGAAAAUAUUAAAAGAUGGACCGAAUGAUACGUAUCUAAUGAACUGUUGUGACUUAUUAUGGACUGUUACGAAAAUGUUUGAUUUAUUGACUUACUUUCAAAAACCGAUUAUAUGAUAAUAUCGCAUUGAUUAUGUGAACAGGUGCGCGAAAAAUAUAGACACUGUUAUCUGUGUACGUAAUAGACUCAUUGUGAUUUAACUAGAAGAUAACUAAUCUGGAAGUUAGUGACUGUGCUAAAGUUAUUAAGUUUAAGUUUUGAAUUUGAGAGACAGUAAUUUUAAUUCAUUUUUACUUUAUUGUGAUUUAAUUUUAAUAUUUACUUUUAGCGGCCCGGAGAAUGUUGAGAAUACCGCGGGAGUUAAGACAUCGCGUUUUACCAAUUGUAUCUAGGGUUGACGUCAAUGCGGGACGUAGCCUUAUCAGCUCGACUAUAUAUGAAGUAAACGUUAAACUGUAUGGUUGUGUUCUUUCUGUAUAACGAUAGUUGAGUUAGCCCCGACAAGUAUAUCUACAAGAUCUCUCGAAUAAAUUUAAAUGAAACAAUUAUAUUUAAAUUUGUUGCUCAUCAUUACUAAAACAGUGAUAUAUACAAGAAGUAACCAUUGGAAAUAACCGCAACCGCCUUAAUGGGUAAUUAUUGGCAAUAUAUUAACUGAUUAACGAACUUUAAGGCUAGCUUGCAUAUCUUAAGCUCAUAUGUUCAUGCUUUAUAAUUUUAUUAUUUUGUAAAUAUUUGAUUAAUUUCAUAACGAAUUCUACGGUUUUUUUUUACCUUAGUAUGUAUAAAUACGCGAGGAGCUAUAUGAUCUAAAUGAACUAUAAAAGAAUAGUCAAAACCAUUUUAGAUCAACUUUGGUUGGGGGAGUUGUAACUUAGUUUCUUGAUUUUUUCUAGAAAGAGAAGCAAAGAUACCAAAGGGACAUUCAAACUCAUAAACCUUAAACUAAAUGUUUCUUAUUAAAUUUAAGAAAUCUGAAAUUUUGGUUACAAGGCGACUUGAUAAAUUGCAAUUUUUCAUUUAAAGUGGAAUCCAACGUUUACCGUACCAAAACUUGUCUCUCCGAUCAAGAGUAUAAUGAAGUUUGUGUAUUUAUGAGUCAUACUCUGUUUCAGAGCAAAUAUUGACAUUCUUAGAUGUGUAUGAUUUGGUCAUAAAAGAGCUACGAAGGGUUAUGCAUGAACAGAAAACAGUCUUUCUAAAUGAGUUUUUAAAACUUUAAAAAGAAAGAUAAAACUGACACUUUUUUAUAUGAAUAUUAUCCUGGAUAUUGAGAAAAUGGAUCACAUGGAACUUGCAAUCUGAAGAAUAAAGAUUAUCUAUCUGAUUUGUUUAUAACAAACUGCCGUGGUUAAGUCCUUUUUCUCUGAUACUACAAUGCAUAAGCUAAACAUCAACUAUACUUAAGUUUUCAUUUUAACGUAUUUUCGAAAAUACUAUUUGAAUAUAUGCAUGUUCAUGCUAGCUCAUAAAUGUUCAUAGAAGUCUUCAGGCAGAUAUGUUACUCUGACUUUUAUAAAUAUAUGUCAUAAAUACGUCUAACCGAAGAAGCAAACAGUUACCUGGUCAGAAAUCUAGGAGUAACAAUAUAAUUCAAAUCCAAAAAACAAUGUUUAACAUCUAUCACACGCAGGUUUGUAGGUAUGUAAAUUAUAGUUAUUUUACGUUUCUGUCUAUAGUUAUAUUUUUUAAAUUGAUUUUCUGUUAACGUCUUUUGUCACACCUCUUAAAAGAGGAAGUCGUCAUUUGAUCAACCAUUGGUACCAAGAAAGAUCACUUUAAAACGUGAAACUAUGUUUCUAAAUAAAAUCAAAAUUUUAAACGGAAUAUUUUAACAGUGCACGAGUCAAAGUAUAGACAGGCAUGAAUGUGUACUGAUUGGUAUUUUAGCUAGGGAAACAUUAUUUUUUAUUUGUUGUAAUUGGCUUUAAACUAGCGUUCAAUUACUGCAAGUACUCUUAGAUAGGUGCUGUGUGUCUUUGGUCUUUUUGUUAGUUUUUUGUGUGCUUUGUGUUGAUCAGAGUAGAAUCAAUUCCUUUUCAACUCAUUUUUACAUUUUUUUUAUGUAAGAAGGAGGGUUGAGCGCGCGCAAAAAUGUUUAAUACUGUCACAUUCUGUAUAUGCCUGUUCCAAGUCAAAAGCCCGUAAUACGGUGGUUGGCGUUGGUUGCUGUUUAUGAUACAUAAUUUGAGUUUUUUUUAGCAUAAAUCAGUCCGUUGGUUUUCUCGUUUGAAUUAUUUUACAUUUUAGCAUGUCCCAGCCUUUUGCUAUUCCAUAUGGGUUUUGCUCAUUGUUGAAGGCCGUAUGAUGAACUAUACUUGCUUACAUCUACACCAUGUGGUCUCUGGUUGUGGAAAGAUUGCCAACGAGACAACUCUCCAUUUAGACAACAUGUCAACGAUUACACCGUUCGGCCUUCAGAAAUCUAGCUGAUUUAGAGACAGAGGACCAAAUGGUAAUCUGUUGUUAGCUAAUAGUAAUGGAAGUAAUGUACUAAUGGAGUAUAGCGAAGGUGGUAAACAUACUCAUGACAUUCCAUGCUCUGACAACCCGUUUGAUUUGACAGACAUUAACGAAAACCUUAUUGCAGUUACAUAUAGAAGAGAUAAAUAUAGUAGAUGGAAAGAAACUAUAAGAAGCAGAAAUGAUCAGCAAGACAGGAUUAUUACAAUGCGUUCAACAUAGUCACCAAAUUUUGAAUUAUUUAGUGAGAGAACAUCAUCUAUAAGUUAAGUUAAAGAAUACUGCUAACUGCUUUUCUUUCUUCCUAAGAAGUUUCUUUAUGAAGUCAGCCUCAUGUGAAUAAAGGAACAAGUCGGUAAGAAGAGGGGCACAGUUUGUUCUAAUGGUAAUGUCGAUUGUUUGUUGAAAAACACGUCCUCCAAAUGUAACACAUAUGUUGUCAAUCAAGAAAUCAAGCAUCUUGAUCAAGUCAGUUUCAGAAAAUUUGUUCUUUGAAUUAGAGUGAAUUUUGUACAAAGUAGGAUUUAUCCCUCCCUAGACAAUAUACUUGUAUCUACGUUGGCAAUUCUUUUUUAUGAAACAAAGCAGGACCAACUCUUUCAAUUUGUCUUUCAGUUGGGAGUGGGGAAUACUUGUUUAAAGUGUACAAGAGUCAAUUUUUUAAAAAUACUAUUGCAAGAUGAAAGAGUCUUAGAUUGUAUGUAUUCUAUAAACCACCUCUAGAAUAGGUAGUUUCAGAAUAACUUUGAAGCCCGGCUUUGAUUGUUAGUAAAAUUGAUGUUAAUAAUUUAGAAAGAGGUUUCGUGGAGCACUUAGAAAAUCCAGCAAUAUACCGUUGUUUGUAAGGAAACUUAUGUAGUUUAGGUAUCCAAUACAGUGAUGGAAAAUCCAGUUCUGCAUCUUUGGUCGAAAUUCCAAAGGAACAUAGAACAGUCCUAUGAUUAUCCAGGAUUUCCUCUUUAGUAAGUGUCGUAAUCAAGCGAGACGUUUCAACCUGCGCUCUCUUGUUUACUACUUUUGUUAGAGCUUUGUUUGUUUGAGGGCCGCUUAGGUGUGAUGCUACGAG